UCUAUAGAGGGAGGGGAGGAGGGGACUCGGGCAGAGCCGCCGUUGACGCCGCGACGAGCAGUCCAGCGCCUGCCCCGCGCCCGCCAGCCGACCCAGCAUGGACCUCCGAGCCCUAGCUCUGCUCGCCCUCGCCCUGGCCAUCGUCUCCCUCUCGGAGGAGAAACCUGUCAGCCUGACUUACCGGUGCCCUUGUCGAUUCUACGAGAGCAACGUGGCAAGAGCCAACAUUAAGCACCUCAAAAUCCUCUCCACACCUAACUGCUCACUUCAGAUUGUUGCGAGGCUCAAGAGCAACAGCAAGCAAGUAUGCAUUGAUCCCAAGUUAAAGUGGAUCCAGGAAUAUCUGGAGAAAGCUUUAAACAAACCACGUCAUCGCACUCAUAAAAAAAAGCAACAGAAGAAACGGGGCCCACUCUGCCCUUCCCGUGCAACACCACUAAAGUCUCCAGGGAGAAAGAAUGGAGGUUCAAGAUGUAAGAGUCAAGCAUUGUAAGCCGUCUACAGGAUUUCUUACUGUAGGACCCAGAGAGCAGAUAACCAGUAUUAGGGAAUGAACAUUUCACUGUUAUCACGCAGCACAAAAGCAACUCUUCAUGCAUUUCCAAAGGUGUUCUUUUGUUUCUUUGGGGUUUUUUUUGUUGGUUUUGGAUUUUUUUCCUUCACAAAUUGGCUUGCUUCCACAUUGCUAUUUUUAUAUAGUAAGAUGUAACUAUUUGAAGAAAAUAUGUUUUUAUACAGGUUGGUUUAUUACCUAGAGCUGAGGGCAGACAUGAAUUUAAACUAACCCUGUGUUAUUAUACAAUAUUUUAUUUCCUUUGCUAUGUAGAGGUCCUGCUUUAUUUAAAUUUCUUUUGGUUCAUGCAAAACCUGGAGUUUUAAACCUAGAAGGACAUGAACUGUACAGUGCAAUGAUAUUGUGUAAGUAAUGGAGGAACUCCUUGCCUCCAGAAGUCAUCAAGGCCAGGGACAUAGGAAGGCUGCAAAGCAUCAGACAUUGAUGAAAGUGGACAGCACUACUGUGGGUUGCAUUUAAGGGUAUUUUGGGUGAGGGAUCAAACUCAAGGCUACAGGGCUAAAGCCCUUCUUGGAAGAUCAGAGACCUGAUCAGAGGUCAAAGCUAUGAGCAUCUCGGUCAGUGCACAUCUGCUAUUGCAAGAAGCUAGUACUUGGUUUGUAUAAGUUGUGUGUCUUAGGAGCCACAACAGUGAUCUGAUGUUGCCUGCCAUUUCUAUGUUCCUGUGUUUCUGAUGACAAAUUUUAGCACAAAAAGGAAUGGGUAAUUGAAGAUUUAACCACAUGACUGUGUUGUAAGUUGCUGGAGGCAUCAGACACACUGCCACGCACCAGGUGUCUCUUCUCACCCACUCAGAGGAGGUGGCUUCAGCUCUUCUGGCUAGCUUUGCACUGAAGUAGGCAGAGAUGCAUUUGCGUGACUCUUGACCAAUGAUGUUGUAGCCUCAGCCACCAAAGAGCUGCAUGCACCUGAGGGCAGGAACAUCUUUGAUUGCUCCAGAAGACAAUGUUUGACUAAGACUUUGGAGAAAAGAGGUGCCUGGGGUAAGAGAGGUUGUGCCCAUUUUGUGGAAGAAGUGGUGUUUCUUGGGUGUGGAAAUCAAGGUCAACAGGUAUUGUUAAUCAGCAGUUGUGGUCCUGUUUGCUGGUGAACAGGAUAGCCUCAGGAAUUUCCUUUGUAAAGUACACCCAGGAACAGGUAUCACUUCUUGCACCAAUCUCUUCUUUCAGCCAGAAAUAUCUUCCUCCCGAUUCCUACCCGUAUAUGCAGUGUCUUUGCUAUAUAGUGGAUGGAAGGACACCUCCAGUACUAUGAUAUCCAUGUGAUGCUGUUCACUGGGAUGCAGGGGGAAGCACAUUUGUGCAGCACAAUGUUUGUAUUUGUAUGUAUCUCUGUGUGUAUUGGAAACAAAAAUGUUGUAAGAGUGUAUUUUUUUUUGAGUGGGUUGCUUCAAAGGGAAUCUUCCCUGCAGAUGGUGUGGGGAGCACUGAGAGGGGCAUUUCACUGAGCCCUCCCUUUUAUGGCAAGGCAUCUUUAGUGCCGAAGAGGAGCUUUGGCUAGACAGGGACUACCUUAUUUCCAUCUGUAUUCAGAUAAAAAUCUUGUCAAUUAUUUCCCUCCUUGGGAAACAGUGCUAUCACAGAGAGUGCUUCAGCUGGGAUCACGGCACCUCAUUUCCUUUAAAGUAGAAACCAACUGCUGUGUCUAAAAUGUAUGUGUGUAUGAUUUUGACAUUCCCUUUAUUGUUAUCAUAACCAGCCUGUGCUUUUAAGUAUAUCACAUCUCUGUUUUGAAAGGCCUGGUACCACUGUACUUGAUGAGAAUUGGAGUGUUGUUUUAAUGUGAGUAGGAUCAGAUCCUCUGUUGUAGGGGUGAAGACAGAAAGAACUUCCAUGAGCAAACUAGAGUUUCUUGUAUCUUCCUUCAACUGGACUUUAUAUCCUAGUGUCCUUCUUCUGUCCCCACACAUGUACCUGCAAUUGUUAGUGGUUUGCCAGAGGAAGACAUGUGAGCAUUAAAGCCAAGAGCAACUUAGGGGAAAAUGUGGAAGAAUCUUGGUUCUGACACAUACAGAGACUGCUCUUCUCAUGUAGGAAAGUGUAUUCUUCAUACACGCUUCCCAUCAAAGGGCAGCUUGAGGUCUAAUUGGUUCUAUUUGAAGUAAAAUGAGAAUUAAAUAAUCCUCUGAUUUUGAUUCAUAAUCAUACCUUGCUAAUGAUGACAGGGGCUAUGAAAAUUUUUAUCUUUAGGGGAAAAAUUGCCUUUCCGGUUAAAAGAUACAGUGGGUAGGUGUGACCAUGCAGCCUUGCUAGUGCUAUGCUGCAGUCCUCGUUAACAGGGAGUGCAUAUGGGGUCAGCACCAGCAGGGAAAGAUCUCUGGGCUCAUGCCAACCCCACAUUGUGGCCUGGGCAAACAGACUGUUUUGACUGAAGAGUUGAGAUGGGCAGUGCUGGAGCACCCUGGCCAAACCCUGGUGUCCCAGCCCUGGACAGUAUAGGCAUCUAGUGGAGUUACUGCAGAAAAAGGCAUCACCUGUCAGCCUUCUAUUCUAGGGGCAAACUAGUGAGUGCUGUAGGGGUAGACUGUGCUAAAGGAAGGGCAUUUGCUUCUGGGACAAAUGCACAAGCAGCAGCAGGAAGGAAAGGGAUGCUCUGCAAGGUUGGGGAAUAUUUGUGGCAAGAUAGUGGUUGCCUGGGUACCUCAAGGCCCAUCUGCCUCUGGCAUUUGUCGAUCCCAUCUCACACUGUGACUUGAGCCCUGGCACUGUGAGCUGGGCCCUGGUACCACUGCACUGGUGAUGAUUUGCUGCUCAUAUAGUUGAGACCACUCAGGGCACGGGGUUGCUCUCAUGGGCCAGUGCUCUGUCCUCCCCUUGUCUGGGCAAGCUUGAGCACAGUGUGAGUGCAGGGGUGGCACGGCCCUGCCCAGGAGUAACUGAAGGCUUAAGUGAGAACCUGAUAAAAGCUUUCUCUUGCUUUAGACCAAAACUGAAUCACAAGUGAGAAGCUUUGCUCUUUGCCUGACCUUAUCUGCCUGAUGCAUUGGGAAGAGCAGCUGUGCCCUUGGCACUAGGGAAAUCAAUCGCUUGUCUGCCCUGAGCUCCCCGUACUACGCUGAGCACUGCACGAUCCUGUGCACACCACAGCCUUAGCAGGCUCAGAAACAGCACCAACAAAAAGAAACCUGCUCAGGGAGAGCACCUGAUUUUUCUUUCUGCCCUAACUGUUGACCAAAGACCAAACCAGGGAGAGGAAGCAUGGGGAGAUGGGAGUGACAUAGGGACCACACGUGAAGAGAAAGAGGUGAAAGAGAUAACACUGAACUGGUGCUGAAAAAGCAGCUUCCAUAAAUGUGAAAUCAUCACAUGUGGUAUUUUCAAAGUGCAGCUGUCAAAUCCUAAGGUUGGAUUUAUUUUUUUUUAAGGAAUAGAUUGUAUUUAUUGCUUUGCCAAUUUUUAAUUUAUACUAUCUUUAUAUGUGUAUGUAUGAAUAUCUUAUCUGAAUUCUGCCUGAGGAAGGAUGAAGGGUGACUUUCUGAUGUUUUUUUAAUUAAGGUGUUUGACCAAAGGUCAAUUUUGCAAUGAAGGCUAUAUUCAAAGUUAAAUAUACACAUUUCAUGGAAAAUGCAGUUCCUAUAGAAGUUUUCAUUGCUGUUUUCCCUUUGUUAGCAUCUAUAAAGUCCUUCUUUUCUCUGGCAGCUUAUUCUUAGUAAUGUGUUUUAUGGUAAUUGGGAGUUUCUGAGAACUUAUCACCUAAAAUCAGAAUUUUUCUCUUUACCAACAUCCCACUAACAUAAGUCUUGUCAACAAACAUAAAACUGGUAGCCAUAGCGAAGAAAACACGGAUCAUGAUAAAAGGACUGCAUGAACCUCACAUCUUCCACUGCUUAAGAACUCAAUGUUGUCAAAAUGUGGUAAAUACUGUAUAUUUUUAUGAAGUAAAAAGAAGUGUCUUCCCAAAUAAUGUGAAAAAGGUUUUGUAUUUGUGUUCCUGUAAGGCAGCUUUUAUGGAGGAGUUAUACUGUGCUUUUGAAAUUACUCCUUUCAUAUACUAUUUUGAAAAUAAACACUUUUAUAUUGUUGUAAUUUCUCCCAUAAAUGUGUA